AUGGGUACGAUAAUAAUUCCAAAUGAUAUGAAGAAAAAGCACUUGCAGCUAUUGAUCACAUUGCAUUCCUCCAAUAAGCCAGGAAAUAGUACAUCUUCGCCAUGGAUCAGAUACCCGCAAGAAUUAAAAAGGGUUGUAAAUGAGGUUAGACGAUCCACUGCAGAUUGGUUAUUUUCACAAGUCUUGGUUGGGGAUCAUGGAUUGCAUAGAUACCUGGAUCAAUUUAGACACCUGUUUUUAUUGGAUUAUGGCGAUUUUGCAGCCAAUUUCAUCCAAGAAUGCACAGCGUGGCGGAAACGAUCAUUAUUGAAUUCAUCUUCAAGAAAUAAGACUGUAAAGUCAAUUACAACAGAAGACACUUCGGCAACAUCAAGUAGAAACCCUAGUAAAACGGAAUUGCUGUUUAGAUACCAAGAAUUGAAUGCUUUACUGGGAAAAGCGUCGAUCGGUACUGAUGCAGAAGAUAAAUUAAAUCGAUUCAGUUUACUUUUAGUCGAUGAGGAUGCGGAAAUAUAUCCAUUUUCUGAUCUGCUGCUAGUAGAUGUUCGUAUUGUAUUAUCGUAUGAUUUGGAAUGGCCGAUUGAUUUAUUCUUGGGGGAGUCGGAUUUGAAAAACUAUAGCAAUUUAUGGUCGUUUUUAAUUAGUUUAAAAAAUACUCAAAUGUUGCUGAAUAACUUGUGGAAAAUUCUUCGCGCGGGCAAUAUCAACUCGCCAGAAGAAGUGUCUGUCUCAAAUCGCCGCCAUCAAAUCAACAAAAAGAACAUAGCCCUUUUUGAAGAUAAUGACGGAUAUCAGGAAAGGCUAGUUUGGAGACUUAGAUCCCUCAUGUUGUUUUGGGUUGACACCUUAUGGAAUCAUAUUCAGACACAUAUUAUUGCAUCCCAUUAUCAACAAUUAAUAGACACAACUACAUUAUCGAGCUCAGAAGGAAUAUCAGCGACUGCAGCAAAACGAAGAUCAUUUCAACCAAAAGCUAAAUUGGAUUUUGAGGAAAUUCAAGAAGCUCACGAAUGCUUUUUAAAUAAUACAAUGCGCGGAUGUCUAUUAACAUCACCCAAGUGUGUGGAGACUGUGCACGAUAUUUUAAAGACCUGCUCAGAAUUUUGUGAGCUGAUGGAAAGGAUAUCAGAAGAAGGUGAAUGGAGAAAAAGUAAAAGACGUCGAACAGCAGUUAAAACAGCAGCAGAAAUUGUUACUCAAUGGACUAAAUCACCCACCGACUUUCUAUGGAUGCAAGAUGUUAAAGAUUUAGAGGAGAAAUUUUCUGCGUCAACCGAGUUAUUCUUUACACUGGCUUCUUCUCAACAGCCCGACAUUAAAAUGAGCGGAAGGCUUGAUGUAUUAUUAAUGCAACUGGACUAUAACAAAUGGCUCUCGCGCUCACAAACCAAAGCGAAGUUAUACCCUGAUGUUGUAACCGCCAAUACAUGA